CCGAGGGCAUGGAAAAGGCUGAAUCAUGUCUCGGAAAAUCUCACCUUGAAUCUCAAGAGUCAAGACGCAUGGAAGUGGCAUGAUCGUUUGCUUCGCUUCCGACAAGAGAACUGCUCAAACUGCGGUAGAUAUAAAAACAUGAAAAAGUCUCACUCCCAAGAAUGCUCUAAUCUAUUCUGGGCUCGAUCUCGCUCCUUGAAGCCUGGCCUAGGUCAGCAAUGCUACUUCUAAGUCGCCAGAUUCGAAGGUGGACAGCUAAGAGUUACACUUUGCUAGCUCAUAAGACAGCCCAGCGCCGAUUUUCAACGAAGCAGAGACUCGAGUUCCCUAAAUACUUCUACUUCGUAUACUCUUUUUAACUGUUCCCCCUCUGCAUGAUAUCUAGGCAUGGCCGCAAGCGGCAUGAAUGACCUAUUCUCUAUUCCGUCACAUCUGCCCGUGGCCUUUGCUAUACGAUCUGGCUCAAGAAAGCUUCAUCAUUGAUUGCCACUCUACUCGUAGGUCUAGUUCUCAUGUCGUCACGCAUGCAUACGCAUUGCAAUUGCAUGAGUGCCUACUGUACUCGGCGAGUAGGAAACACACCAACACUGCAACCGAGAUCCCAUUCUACUGUAUGAAACCCCUUUUCUACAGCAGACAACCGAGCUCUCCCCACCAAACACCCUUCCACGUCGCACCACCCAAUCACAAUAACUACCUGCGCAUCACAUCACGAACCCAGCAGAAAAAGCGACUCUUGGAUGCUUGGAUCCUUGACAAAAGUUGCCUCUUUGGUCGAUUUCCAUGCUCAUCCCCGGGGUCAGGGGGUGAUAGCCUGGCAGCCGGCAUUCGAUCGCAUUUGCCUUUCACCCUAAGGAAUCUUUCCGCCUUGACAGCUCCACUUGGAUGUCUGGUGGUCGGGCCCAGCCAAGAACCAUUCGAGAUUGUCAGAAAGAUUUGGGGAGCCACAACACCACCACGCUGGGAAGUUCAUUUCGCAGACUCCGUUCCUUCUUCUCCUUUUAGUACAGAACGCUUUGGCUGCGAAUUGGCAAUUGAAAGUGCUGGAUAUUUUCAGACCGACUCCCACAAUUUAACGUCGAAGAAUUUGCGUUAAUGCACUGACAAGCUGCCGCACAAGAAAUCCAUUAGCACGGAUCCUCUAAGAGAAGCAUCCGAACCGUCGCGGAAAGUUAAUUCGGCGCCGUGAAGGCUUGCGCCACCGUCCACUCGAAGAAGAACGACAGGACGAAAGGAAAACAUAUAAGGCACGGCGCUGACCCAAUACAUCGGCUUUCUCGAAGUGAGAAGUGAAGUGGAGGAGGAAAGCAUUCACGAGCGUUAUAUAGAGAGCCCGUUUCGAAACCCAAUCAACCUGCGACGGAACUCUCUCUACAAGUACCCCUCCAACCCCUCGAGCCCCCCAGAUCCAUCACUCUACACGCCAAAAUUACCACUUCAGAAUGGACGACCUUCAAAAAAUAAGUAUAACCAUCUGCGGCGAUGGUGGCUGCGGAAAAUCCAGCAUAACUCUCCGUCUAGUGCGCUCCCAAUGGGUAUGUUUGAACUUCCGCACACCAGGUUAAGACAAAAGCAAUCAACUGACACUAUAACCACAAAAAGACCUCCGAUUACGACCCAACGAUAGAAGACAGCUACAGUCUCACGCGCAGUAUCGAGGGCCAGAAUUUCAUCCUAUCAAUAACGGACACGGCAGGGCAAGAAGAAUACAGAGGCAUGUGGGCAUCCUCGAAUCUGCGCUCCGACGCCUUUCUCCUCGUCUACGACAUCACCAACCCCUCCUCCUUGGAUGUACUACAGGAAUUCAACGAACUGAUAGACAUCGAAGCCGAAACGCGCCUUGAUACCUGGGAAAACAUGCGGGGGAGCAAGGGCAAGCGGAAAAGGGGGGAGAAGGAAUCGAUGGUGCCCGUGAAACCGAUCAAGAUCGUGGCGGGGAAUAAAUGCGAUCUCCAAGAAAGUCGACAAGUACCUGCGCGCGAAGGUCUGGAAUGGGCGCGCAAAAGAGGAUGCGGAUUUAUGGAAACGAGCGCGAGGAAUACUGUUAAUAUCGAGGAGACAUUCGAGUUGAUUGUAAGGAGAGUCGUGGAGGCGAGGAGGCUGGCGAAUGGUGGUGUACCUUUGGGUACUGGUCUUGAUGGACAUGCUGGGGGGAAGACCAGAAAAAUGACGCUGACUCUGGGGAAAGAUUCCAAGGGCGAGAAUCUGGGCACAAGGAGAGCGGCAACAGCUCCUUUAAGUCCUUUACCUGGGGGUCCUGAGAAAGAAAUCUCCUUGGAAUCGUCGGCGUCUGAAAAGGGAAAACGAGCAGUGUUCAAGCGUUUUUGGGGAAAGGUCUUCUGUAUGCGGCAUUAA